AGGUAGGUAGCAAACAAAUAUUAUAAAUAGAUAGACUUGGUUACAAGAUCAUGCACACAAUCCUUUGACUCUCUCUUAUACCCUUUCUUGGCAUAAAAAUGGCGUCCAAACCUGGCAUACUUACUGAUUGGCCAUGGACACCUCUUGGGAGAUUCAAGUGGGUGAUUUUGACACCAUUCAUAGCAAAGAGCACAUACAAUUUCAUUGUGAAUAGUCCAGAGGAAAAGGACCUUAGUAACUUCCUCAUCUUCCCAUAUAUGAUGGUGAGGAUGCUACAUGACCAAGUUUGGAUCUCUUUAUCUCGCCAUCGAACCGCCAAAGGAAAAAACAGAAUCGUCGACAAGGCAAUCGAGUUUGAACAAGUUGAUCGAGAAAGCAAUUGGGAUGAUCAAAUAUUGUUCAAUGCAUUGAUAUUUUAUAUUGGUCAAUGGCUGGUUCCAGAGUCUCAGAAAUUGCCCAUAUGGAGAACAAGUGGUGUGGUUAUGACAAUUCUUUUACAUAGUGGACCAGUGGAGUUUCUUUACUAUUGGUUACACAGAGCACUUCAUCAUCAUUUCCUCUAUUCUAGAUAUCAUUCUCAUCAUCAUUCUUCCAUUGUUACAGAACCAAUAACUUCUGUGGUACAUCCAUUUGCAGAACACAUAGCUUACUUUUUGCUAUUCGCCAUUCCAUUAUACACAACAGCAAUUACAAACACAGCAUCCAUAGCAUCCUUUGCUGGUUAUCUUGCUUACAUUGAUUUCAUGAAUAAUUUGGGUCACUGUAAUUUUGAGUUCAUUCCUAAGAAAGUCUUCUCCAUCUUUCCAUUCCUCAAGUAUACCAUGUAUACACCAUCGUUCCACUCAUUGCAUCAUACACAAUUUCGGACUAAUUAUUCACUAUUCAUGCCAAUUUAUGAUUACAUCUAUGGAACUGUUGACAAGGCUUCAGACACAUUAUAUGAAAAUUCAUUGAAGAAAGAAGAAGGUACACCAGAUGUGGUACAUUUGACACACCUUACAACUCCUGAAUCCAUAUAUCAACUAAGAUUGGGAUUUUCUUCCUUAGCCUCCUCACCCCAAUCUUCUGAAUGGUACCUUUAUUUCAUGUGGCCUUUCACUUUUUGGUCUGUUCUUGUCACUUGGUUUUAUGGCAAAACAUUUGUUCUUGAGAGGAACUCUUUUAAUAUGCUCAAUUUGCAAUCAUGGGUUAUUCCAAGAUUCCAUGUUCAAUAUCUUUUUAAAUGGCAAAGAGAAACAUUGAAUAAACUUAUAGAAGAAGCAAUACUUGAAGCUGAGUUGAGCAAAGUUAAGGUUUUAAGUUUAGGUCUUUCAAACCAGGGAGACUUGCUCAAUAGAUAUGGUGAACUAUACAUCAAAAGGUAUCCCCAACUUAAGAUGAAGAUUGUUGAUGGCAGUAGUUUGGUUGUGGCUAUUGUUCUUAAUAGCAUUCCAAAAGAAGAAAAUCAAGUUUUUCUUUGUGGUAGACUUGACAAGGUUUCAUAUGCCAUAGUUAAUGCUUUAUGUGAAAGGGGUACCAAGGUUACAACAAUGUAUAGAGAUGAUCAUGAGAAUCUUCAGUUACGGCUAUCCUCGAAAUCCCAAAAGAAUUUGGUUUUCCCAGGAUCAAAUUCUGCUAAGAUAUGGCUAGUUGGAGAUCAAUGUGAGGAGGUAGAACAAAAAAAGGCACCAAAAGGAUCAUUGUUCGUACCAUUUUCCCAAUUCCCUCCAAAGAAAUUUCGAAAAGAUUGCUUCUAUCUUAGCACACCAGCCAUGAUAACUCCCCCUAAUUUAGCCAAUGUCCACUCUUGUGAGAAUUGGCUUCCAAGAAGAGUCAUGAGUGCAUGGCGUAUUGCUGGAAUAUUGCACGCUUUGGAAGGUUGGGACGUUCAUGAAUGUGGAGAAGUGAUGUUUAGCAUUGACAAAAUAUGGCAAGCAAGUCUUCAACAUGGGUUUAGACCAUUGAAGAUUAGUCAUCCCAUUGAUUGAAUUAUAGUCUAUUAAGCAUAUCUUAAAUAAGUAUAUAUUUUAGUAAUUUAUCAACAUGGUUCAGGUAUUAUCAGCAAGGUGUAAAAUAUAUGGCUAUUGUACGUGUAAUUGGAUUGCUCCAAUUUAGACAUUUCUCCUGUACUAGCCUUUAUGGCGUAUGAUACAUAUAAAAUAAAACAUGUUUAAUUAGUAAGAGAAUGAGAGGUUAUGGCUGUAAUA